CCUCCGGCUCCAGGCCUGCGGAGCCCGCCCCGCAGCCCGCCCCGGAGCCCUGCAAAAUGGAGCCUCUCGCCGCGAAUCCAUUAAAAUGCUCCGUCCCCAAGGCCAGGCUGAUCGCUGUUCUGUUGUCUAUGGUUCUGUGCUCCGUAACCUUGUUCCUGCUGCAGCUGAGAUACCUGAAGCCUAAAAUCAAAGACUUUUAUUCUUUUGAAGUGAAGGAUUCAAGGGGAAAGACUGUUUCUUUGGAAAAGUACAGAGGCAAAGCAUCACUGAUUGUAAACGUGGCCAGUAACUGCCAGCACACAGACAGAAAUUACUUAGCGCUGCAGGAGCUGCACCGAGAGUUUGGAUCGUUCCACUUCAACGUCUUGGCCUUCCCGUGCAAUCAGUUUGGAGAAUCCGAGCCCCGCCCCAGUCACGAAAUAGAAGCUUUUGUCAAAUCAAACUAUGGAGUAACCUUCCCCAUUUUCCACAAGAUUAAGAUUCUAGGAUCUGAAGGAGAACCUGCAUUUAGAUUUCUUAUUGAUUCAUCUAAGAAGGAGCCAAGGUGGAAUUUUUGGAAAUAUCUCGUCAAUCCUGAGGGUAAAGUUGUGAAAUUCUGGAGACCUGACGAAUCCUUGGAAGCCAUCAGACCAGAUGUAGCAGCUUUGGUUAGACAAAUCAUCAUUAAAAAGAAAGAAGACCUUUGAAAAUGUCAUUAAGCAUGUGAAUCUAAUGCAGCAAUGAGAGCAUCACAAUGUCUAAAUGUCAUUUUGGUCACAUUUUAAUCAUUCCAAUAAUUCUGGGAUCCAAUUAAAUAUGGUCCAGAAGGAUGGCAUCUCUUAAAUAAGUGCCUAGAAUGUUCCUCUCUCUCCCUGCCCAUCCUCCCAAAAAGAGAUUAUUCAGGCUGGUGAUAAAGUCAAAAUUAAAUAUACCAAGAACUCAUCAAAAACAGUGAAAAUUCAAAGUACUUCAUCACCAAAACUCACUACUGUCCAUUUAACAAACAUGAAACUUUUUGAUGCUUGUGAUUGAUGGCUUAAAUACCAACUACCCCAGAACACUACAUAAGGACAACUAAAUUUGAAUGACAUAAUAACUAAAAAUUUUGUAUGAUCAAUAUUAGCAGAAAAGGGGUAGUGGAGAUAUUGCAGGGCAUAAGAUAAAUGUGCAAUCUUAUGCAUAUUCAGAUUUGUAAAUAAAAUUUUUAUAAGUAGAA